GCCAGGCCGCUAUUGCCGCUCUGCCUGCUGCGGGGCUGCAGUAACGCUGGAGGCGCUUCGCUGGGCAAGACGGUGGCUGCUGUGUGGCUGCUGUGCGUAUAUAAAAGUGCCCAUGGAGAACACGGAAAACUCAGUGGAUUCCAAAUCCAUUAAAAACUCAGAAACGAGGCUCAUCCAUGGCAGCAAAUCCGUGGACUCUGGGAUAUCCUUGGACUGUAGUUACAAAAUGGACUACCCCGAAAUGGGCGUCUGCCUCAUAAUCAAUAACAAGAACUUUCAUAGAAAUACUGGAAUGGCAUGUCGGUCUGGUACUGAUGUAGAUGCAGCAAACCUCAGGGAAACGUUCAUGAACUUGAAAUACGAAGUCAGGAACAAAAAUGACCUUACACGCGAAGAAAUGGUGGAAUUGAUGCGCAGUGUGUCUGAGGAAGACCACGGCAAGAGGAGCAGUUUCGUCUGCGUGCUCCUGAGCCAUGGGGAGGAAGGCGUGAUUUUUGGAACAAAUGGAGCCGUUGAGCUUCGAGACUUAACGCGUUUCUUCAGAGGGGAUUGCUGCAGGAGCCUGACCGGAAAGCCCAAGCUUUUCAUUGUUCAGGCCUGCCGAGGCACAGAGCUGGACUGCGGCAUCGAGACCGACAGCAGCGUUGACGAUGACAUGACAUGUCAGAAAAUUCCGGUGGAGGCAGACUUCCUGUACGCGUAUUCUACAGCGCCUGGUUACUUUUCCUGGAGAAAUGCCAAGGACGGGUCCUGGUUCAUCCAGUCUCUCUGCGCCAUGCUGAAGCAGUACGCAGACAAGCUCGAGCUCCUGCACAUCCUGACUCGGGUGAACCGGAAGGUGGCGAUAGAAUUUGAGUCCUUUUCCUUCGACCCUAAUUUUCAUGCGAAGAAACAGAUUCCGUGCAUUGUUUCUAUGCUCACAAAAGAGCUGUAUUUUUAUCACUAAAGAAAUGCUUUUUUUUUUUUUAAGUUUGUAUGCCAAGUGAGGGAAGUGGUGUAACUGAUACUAUACUUUCCCAUCCUUUAAAUCCAAUCUGGUACUUUAAACUUUGUACUUUAUACUUUGUAACAGUUGUACUUUUCAACCUGCCACCUUCAUAGCAGCAGAACUACUAUGAAGUUACCUCACUCAGAAUCAGGUCACUGAGAUUGAACUGAAUUAGGAAUUAAUAAAUGGUGGUGGCACACUUAUGAAAGGAACUGAUUGUAAAUUAACAGCUCUCAUCGUCGGCAAGUUUUAGUGAUGCUAUGUCGUGUAGUUUCCAGUAAUUGUGGGUGAGAGUUAAGCAUUGAGUAGUGAACUUCAGCGACAUUGAUAUGCUCUCAUAUAAACGUGUGUGUUCUGAUUUUUGCCCGACUGUAGGGGUGAUGAUAGGACAAUGUGUGGUGACGGGGUGAUGGGUCUAGAGUUUCAGGCACUAUGUGCGUGGUGGGAAGACCCUAACUUUAGAAUUGGUACUUGGAGAAACAUUAGCUGUGUUUUUAGAUUAUUUAUCUAAGCAUAUGGUUUUGUAAUGUCUGUCCUGAGCAUGUAUUUGUCGUAAAACAAAAAUCCUGUUUAAUAUUGAAAACUAUUUACUUGAAAGUGAGAGCAGCCUCAGUGGCCAGUUUGGAGGCUGUGUGCAUCCCUCCUCAAGGACACGCAGGCGGUACUGUUGGGUUCUCCAGGGCGGCCCGUGCACCCUGUGUUUGCCGCUGGGCACUCUAAGAGCUGUGACGUGCAAACCUCAAACUGUUCAUCAAACUGCUGGCAUCAUGAAUUGAAGAGAUUGUAUCAGGACCUGCUAAAAUACAACCUAUGUGGUCAACAGGGAAAUGGGAGGGAGAACUCAGAAAUCGACCCGCUGGGCACUGUGUGAUUAGGGGGUGGUGUGGGCCGGGGGGAGACUCAGCACGGCCUGUGGGAUGAAGGCAGGACCGCAGACUACGGGAAAAGACGGCCGGUUUCUUCCCGUGUACUGGUCUGCGGGGACAAUGCUGCUUGUCUCCAAGCAACUGAACCAAAUCAGAGACUCACGAAACGGCAGAUUCCCAAAGAUGGUGAGAGCCACCAUAAUAUCCGUAGUACCCUGCGUGGUAAAAUUUUUGAGCAUGUUAUUUUCUGCUGAAGUUUACGGUCAAAGGAAAAUGAUACUGUUGUGAUUACAUAGUGUUCUCUGAAAUGAAAGGACCGUUUAAGUCCAAUGAAAGGACUUUAGAAACCAUCCGGUCUUCCCUUCUUUGGUGCUCGGGGAAACUGCGGGCCAGCCCCCAGCCCCGGAGGCCGGGCUCCGGACCCCAAGCCCCCACCCUCACCCAGGGAGGUGAGGGGCCGCGGGGCGUCCGUGUCCUCGCGCUCAUUCUGUCACUACUCGUGAGCUUUCUUCUGCUCAGAGGAAAAGGCUUCCAUUUAUAAAUGACAGCUACAUUUUUUACACCGUCUAACUUUUUCCAAGUAGGUGAAGCAUGUAACGUGAUGAUUUUAUAAAUAUUUGUUAUUACGAAUUUUUAUUUCCAAAUAAAAAUUCUAACAAAAUUACCAA